AUGACGCUGCGUCACGGCUGUGAGGCCCAAGGGGAUCGAUCCGCCGCGUCGGCGCGGACUUUUUGGAACCGGGAUGGGAGACCCGGCGGUGGAACGCGUCGGGAGCGGGAGGCCAAAGCUCCUCCGUCCGGAGAAAUCGGCUACGGGCGACUGGGAGGCUUCCCCGCGUAUAACCCCGACCUGCUCGCUCGGCUGGAGCAAGGGGAGGAGGUUUGGAUCCCCGACAUCCGGAGCUCGGAGGAGGAGGAGGAGGAAGAGGAGCAACUGGCGAGACCCCUCCUGAGGCUGCGGACGAGGAAAAGGAAACGGUGGAGAAGCUGCCGAGGUGCCGGGAGCUCCUCCGGCUCCAACUCCUCUCGCUCGGCGGACGGCGGGGGGGCGGGGGAGACGGAGGAGGACACUUCCCAGGAGGAAGACGGAGAGCUGCGCGGUGGGUCGGCGAGGAAGCCCAAAGGUGGCAUCUCCCUGGGCUACGAGCGCCACAAGAACCACUCGGGAAGGAGACCGGCUUCUUCCAGCCACAACGGGAGAAAACCUAACGCCAAGAGCCCCUCAAGGAUACGGCUGGGGCAGCGCAAGCACGCCUGCGGCAAGUGUGGGAAAAGCUUCAGCCGUGGUUCGUCCCUCAACCGGCACCAGCGGGUCCAUCUGGGGGAGAAGCCCUUCACCUGCUCCAACUGCAGGAGAAGUUUCGCCUGCAGCUCCACCCUCAGGGACCAUCAGAAGACCCACUGCCAGGAGAAACCCUACGAAUGCCCCAGCUGCGAGAAACGCUUCGCUUCCACCAAGUCUCUCAAAAAACAUCGCAAGCUCCACCUGGAGAACGGGGCGUACCGGUGCUCCGACUGCGGGAAAAACCUCACUUCCAACUCGGCUCUUAUCAUCCACCGGAGGAUACACACCGGGGAGAGACCCUACCAGUGCCCCGACUGCGGGAAGAGCUUCAUGGCCAACAAGUCCCUCAACAAGCACCGCAAGAGCCACACGGAAGGCGCGAUCUUCGUCUGUCCGGACUGCGGGAAAAAACUCACUUCCAAGUCCACCCUCAUCAUCCACCGUCGCAUACACACGGGGGAGAGACCCUACGAGUGCCCCGACUGCGGGAAAAGCUUCAUGGCCAACAAAUCGCUCAGCAAGCAUCGCAAGACUCAUAUGGAGGAGGGGACCUAUAAGUGUCCCGAGUGCGGGGAAACCUUCCCAAAAAACUCAGCCUUCGUAGCCCAUCUCAGGACCCACAGGGGCCAGCCCCCGUAUCCGUGCUCCGACUGCGGGGAAGCCUUCUUCGAAAGCUCGUCUUUUAAGCGACACCGGAAAAAGCACUUGGUAGAGAAACCCUACCAGUGCUCCGACUGCGGGGUCGGCUUCACCGUCCACUCCGCCCUCCUCCUCCACCAGAAGAGCCACGUAGGACCCAGGCCCUACGUCUGCUCCGACUGCGGGAAAGCUUUUCGGGAGAGCACCACCCUCCGUAGGCACCAGCGUAUCCAUACGGGUGAGAAACCCUACCGGUGCUCUUACUGCGAGAAGAGCUUUCGGGCCAGCUCCACCCUCAUCAUCCACCGAAGGAUCCACACCGGGGAGAAACCUUAUAAAUGCACCAAAUGCACCAAGUGCUUCAUGUCCAGCUCUUCCCUCAUGAAGCAUCUGCGGACGCAUCUCCGAGGAAAGACAUUUAGAUGCCAAGAGUGCGGGAAGGAGUUUGGGAAGAGCUCGGACCUCAGUUCCCAUCAGAAAAGCCACAUGGCGGAAAAGCCCUACCAGUGCUCGACGUGCGAGAAGUUCUUCAAGGACAGGUCCACCCUCAUCAGGCACGAGAGAGUGCACACGGGGGAGAAGCCCUACGAGUGUCUGGAGUGCGGGAAGAGGUUCACCCGCAGCUCGGACAUCAUCGUCCAUCAGCGGACGCACACGGGGGAGAAACCCUUCGAGUGCUCCGAGUGCGGGAAGAGGUUCAGCCAACGCUCCAACCUCUUCACCCAUCGGAUCGUGCACACGGGGGAGAAACCCUUCGCUUGCCACGAGUGCGGGAAAACCUUCGCCCGGAGAUCGGAGCUCACCAUCCAUCAGCGAACGCACACCGAGGAGAAGCCCUACCAGUGCUCCCAGUGUGAAAAAUCCUUCCGGGGGAGGUACGGGCUCUUCAGGCACGAGCGGUUGCACACGGGGGAGAAACCCUACGCGUGCUCUGAGUGCGGGAAGAGCUUCGGCCAGAGCGGGGACCUCAUCACCCACCAACGCUUCCACACAGGGGAGAAGCCCUACCACUGCUCCGAGUGCGGGAAGUUCUUCUGCAAUAAAUCCAGCCUCGUUAAACACCAGAAAUGGCAUUCGGGGGAGAAGCCCUACAAGUGCCACGAGUGCGGGAAGAGCUUCGGGCAGAGCUCGGACCUCAUCGCCCACCAGCGGACCCACACCGGGGAGAAGCCCUACCCCUGCGCCGAGUGCGGGAAGAGGUUCACCAGGAAAUCCAGCCUCAUCGUCCAUCAGCGGGGACACAGAGGACGGAGAACCGAAAAGAAAUAUAUAUGCACCGAGUGCGGGAAAAGCUUCAGGCAGAGCUCAAACCUCGUUGUGCACCGAAGGACACACACCGGAGAAAAGCCUUACAAAUGCUGCGGGUGCGAGAAGUUCUUCAGCGACAGAUCUAACCUCGCGAAGCAUCGGCGGCUGCACACCGAGAAAAAGCCCUUGAGGUGCCGCGAGUGCAAGAAAAGCUUUGGGAACGACCUGGAUUUCCUCGAGCAUCAGGAGACGCACGCGGGGGACAGGGCGUUUAGAUGCUGCCAGUGUGGGAAAAGGUUCGGGCAGAGCGGGAAGCUCGCUCUGCACCAGGAAUUGCACGCCAGGGAAAAGGUCUACAAGUGCCCCAGGUGCGAGAAACGGUUCAAAGCCCGGUCGACCCUCAUCAGGCACGAGAUGCUGCACACGGGGGAGAAGCCCUACGAGUGCCACGAGUGCGAGAAGAGGUUCACCCGCAAAUCGGACCUUACGGUCCAUCAGAGAAUCCACACCGGGGAGAAACCCUUCGCUUGCUCCGAGUGCGGGAAGAGCUUCAACCAUCGGUCGAACCUUUUUACCCAUCAGAGGAGGCACGCGGGCGAGAAGCCUUUCCCGUGCCAAGAGUGCGGGAAAAACUUUGGCCACAGGGCAGACCUGGCUGUCCACCAGCGGACCCACACCGGCGAAAAGCCCUACCGCUGCUCCGAGUGUGGGAAAUGCUUCAAGGGUCGCUCCACGCUCGUGAGACACGAGAGGUUGCACACGGGGGAGAGACCGUAUCAGUGUUCCGAGUGCGGGAAAAGCUUCGGGCUGAGCGGGGACCUCGUUGCCCACCAGCGUUUCCAUACGGGGGAAAGACCCUACAAGUGCCCCGAGUGCGGGAAGGUCUUCAGCAACAGCUCCAGCCUCGUCAGGCAUCAACGACAGCACGCGGGAGAGAAGCCCUACAGGUGCCACGAGUGCGGGAAGAGCUUCGGGCAGAGCACGGACCUCAUCGCGCAUCGGCGAACCCACACCGGGGAGAAGCCCUACCUGUGCCCGGCGUGCGGGAAGCGGUUCGGUAGGAAAUCCAACCUUGCGGUGCACCAGCGAGUGCACGGAGCGGAUGGACUCUGCAAACGCCGGCAGGGUGGGAAAAGCUUCCAGGAGAACUCGGCUCUUGCAAUCCAUCACGACGUCUUGACGGAGGAGAACGCGGCCCCGUGCUCAGCCCCGCUGAGCAUCAGCGGUGACGCGGGGAAGAAAAAGGAUUAA